AUGGCCAUUCAUCCGGAACUGCACCAACCGCACGACCCGCGGCCCCAGGGGUCCCUAACACCCCAGCAAACCCGCGCGAUCUCUGUCUGGACGGAGCAAGCGACGGCAUCACUGGAAGACCUCACACUCUCUGAAUCAGUCACUGUUAAUGACGAGAGCCGGUCCUUGCGUGGCGCUUCGCUCCCGUUGACCAUCCCACUCGAUGAUAUUCCGGUGAGUGAUCACCGGUCCUCGCGCAUGAGACUAGUCACGCGAACGAGCGCGCCCAAGGAACCCCAGGAGGCGAAGGUGCCUACUGUAUCUUUCCGGAAGAGGGAGCCUCUUCGUCGGGACAGUCUGAGGCGGCGCGAGGCGUUGCAAAAGGGGAAGGAUGGGAGCCGGAGGAGACAGCGUUGGGAGAACGAUCGUCUGCUCAACAAUCCAUGGGCCGAACCACCCUCUCCCAACGACUGGGUCGUCGGGCCUACCUACCCCCGUCACGAGGUACCAUACUUUCUCGCUCCUCUCUGGGACCACCACUAUGCGCAUAUCGAUAAGAAGACCACAGUCACCAAAGAAGAGAAGCACCGUGUUCCAAAGGAACUGCGCCUGAGGUUGAAACACGCUCGUGCAGCACGUGGUAUGCUCCAGGACUUGGAGGAAGACAUCAGGCAAUUUAUUUAUAAUUGGAAUGAGAAACAGCUUCUGCUGCAGAGGGAGGGCCUCCAAGAUGCCCCAGAGUCUGACGAUUCUGAGGAUGAAGUGGUCUUUGUGGGCCGGAACGGACAAAUGCAUGAUUCGCCGGCGCACAAAACUAGGCUCCAAGAGAUGCGGGAGGCCAUGUACACGCAUGAUGAGCGGGACGGGGAGAAGAUGGUACUUGAGAGUCAGGUUGAGGACCGGGCUGCUGGAUUUGGCCGUUGGCUCGUCCACUCGAUUGCCUCUUAUUACGGCCUGCACACAUGGUCCGUCACAGUAGGGGAGCCGGCGCGGCGUGAGGCAUAUGUUGGCUUCCGUCCACCGGCUGCUGACAGGCGUGGUCUGGUUUCGGUCUGUCACCAGGAAGCCAUGAUCAAGCCCGGAGAGACUCUUCCUCCGGCUCUUUGGACCCAGAUCUAG